AUGAAAAAGAAAUAGCAGAGACGAGACAGCGCAGCCGAGCUCCACAUAUUACAAUCUCCAUAUCUCCUCCGUGCUUCAUGGCGGCACCACCACCACCACAACCACCGCCACCUCUCUCUCACGCCUCGACCCCGUCUUCUUCUUCUUCUUCGCAUUCCGUUCCUUCAUCUCUUUUCUUUUGUAGUCUUCCCAAUAAUCUCUCUAUAAAUUCAGAAAUCCCCUUCCGGUCAGCUUCAUCAUCAUCGUCAUCAUUAACCAUUUCUUGUUAUUCUUCCCAAUCACUCAGCCAAAUUCCCUACCAGCCCACAAUCCCUAACCACCCCAUUUUGCUAUUCACAGGAAUUGACUCUCCCACGGUGGACACUCAGACUUUCCUGGUCACUGUCAGUGUAUUAGUUGCUAUUGCUCUUUCUCUAUUUCUUGGCCUCAAGGGAGAUCCUGUACCAUGUGAGAGGUGUGCUGGGAACGGUGGAACCAAAUGCGUAUUCUGCAAUGACGGUAAGAUGAAGGCUGAAACAGGGCUAGUAGAUUGCAAAGUCUGCAAGGGUGCAGGACUGAUACUCUGCAAGAAUUGCGGUGGCUCUGGAUAUUCGAAACGUUUGUAAGCCAUAGCUAGACUCACAAGAGUUGGUUGUUUCCUUGGUUUACUAUUAAUAUCUUAGAUGGUUUAUCUUUUCUUGAUUCAUUUGUUUUAAAUCUAUUUAUUAUUUCCAAUUAUUUUUCUUAGAGAUAGCA